CUAAAUGGUAGCAGCAGUUGGCUGCAGGGUUACAUUUGUUUAGUCAAACCAUAUAUGUUUAGUUAUUGCUAUUUGAAAUACAGAUAUUCCCUGAGGCUCAGCUUCCCAUUAUAUAACAUGAUGGAUUUUAUAAGCUUGUGUGUGGCCCAGUGACUUAUUUGUUUCUCAAAUUAUGCCUUCUUGGAGGAUCAGUCAAUGAGUAGCUUUACAUGAUAAGAAUUCUGUACAUUCUCUAUCACUGUGGAAUUAGAGCAGUCUGGACAGCGGAGUCAAGAGAGAACUGGUGAAAACUGUGAGAAGGUAUGAACAGAAAAGAUGGACAAAUGGAAGAGAGAGGGUAUUGGGGGAGUAAAGCAGAGUUUCUUCUGGCUGUGGCAGGCAUUGUGGUUGGAUUAGGGAAUGUGUGGAGGUUUCCCUAUCUCUGCUACAAGAAUGGAGGAGGGGCAUUCUUGAUACCCUACCUGGUGUUUGUGGUUACCUGUGGAGUGCCUUUGUUUGUGCUGGAGACGGCGAUGGGACAGUACACACAGGAAGGUGGCAUCACAUGUUGGCAUCGCCUCUGUCCACUGGCUGGGGGUAUUGGUUAUGCAGGACAGCUGAUAGUUCUGUAUAGCUGCAUGUAUUACAUCAUCAUUCUGGCCUGGGCACUUUUCUAUCUCGUCUUCUCUUUCAGCUCCCAACUUCCAUGGGACAGCUGUGACAACACCUGGAACACAGAUGACUGUGUAAAUCUUGCUGCAAAGAAUCUGACCCUCAACUGGACAACACAGAUUAAUUCAACUUCUUCAGUUACUGAGUUCUGGGAACGCAGAGUAUUGUCAAUCUCUGGAGGCAUUGAGGAGAUUGGUAAGAUCAACUGGGAGAUUCUUCUGUGUCUCAUUGCAAUGUGGAUCAUAUGUUACUUUUGUGUCUGGAAAGGAGUCAAAUCUACAGGCAAGGUGGUGUAUUUCACAGCCACAUUUCCUUACAUGAUGUUACUGGUGUUGUUGAUACGUGGGCUGACUCUGCCUGGAGCCCUGCAGGGGGUUGUGUUUUACCUGUAUCCUGAACCAGCCCGUCUCUCUGACCCACAGGUGUGGAUGGAGGCAGGAGCUCAGAUCCUUUUCUCUUACAGUUUGGGGACAGCCUCUCUUACUGUUCUAGGCAGCUACAAUAAAUACAACAACAACUGCUACAGGGACUCCUUGCUACUUUGCCUACUGAACGGUAGCACCAGUGUGGUGUCUGGCUUUGCGGUGUUCUCAGUCCUGGGCUUCAUGGCCCAUAAGCAGGGUGUACCCAUUGAGGUGGUGGCAGAAUCAGGUCCAGGCUUAGCUUUUAUAGCUUAUCCACAGGCAGUAGCUAUGAUGCCUCUCCCUCAGCUUUGGGCUGCAUGUUUCUUCAUCAUGAUCAUUUUGCUCGGUCUGGAUACACAGUUUGUCGCAAUGGAGGUUAUCAUGACGUCAGUGACAGAUCUGUUUCCCAUGGUGCUGCGCAAAGUUGGACGUCGAGAAAUAUUUCUUCUGCUCUUCUGUCUCAUCUGCUUCUUCUGCCAGCUUGUCAUGGUCACAGAGGGGGGAAUGUAUGUAUUCCAGUUGUUUGACUACUAUGCCUGCAGUGGAGCCUGUCUUCUUUUCCUCACUGUGUUUGAGUCUCUGGCCAUGGGUUGGAUCUUUGGGGCUGAGAGAAUGUUUGACGCCAUUGAAGACAUGACAAGAUCACGGCCCAACUGCAUAUUCAAGUUGUGCUGGAAAUAUCUGACUCCUCUUGUGUCCCUGGCAUCUUUUAUCUGUUCUCUGGUUGAAUACAAGCCCCUGACUUUCAACCGCUCAUAUGUGUAUCCAAGCUGGGCGUAUGCACUCGGCUGGCUGCUGGCCCUGUCCUCCAUUCUGUUGGUGCCUGGAUGGGUACUGGUCCGACUUAUUGAUGGCAAAGGGAGCCUGAAACAGCGUUUGCUUCACCUGUGUAGUCCUGACACAAACCUCCCGCUCACCUGUAAGCAACCAGCUGAAAUACAGGAAAUGAUUUUGACCGCAGAAAUGGAAGACUUGGUCAGCAGCACAGAAGAAAACCAAAUGAAGGAAAACAAAAAUUCAAACACUCGUAUAUCCUGUGGUCCAUCUUUUCAAUAGACCAGUUAAAAGCAGAAAGGAUUAUUCAGUAACAUUUCAAACCAGAGCUCAAAGUUAACUUUUUUCCACAAUGGUGUUUGACUGGCUAUAAAUAUUUCUUACCAGCCAUGAAAUUGUGCAGUAUUGUGUAUCAUUUCAUUAAACACUUUUGUCACAAAGAAAAAAUUAAUUUGCUAUUUUUUUUUCGCCUUCUCACUUGUAUAGCCUAUGUAAAUAAUGUAAUUAAAGAUAAUGUUAGUCUUUAAUACCUUUGGUAGAAAACACAGACAUUUCGGCGUUUAAGUAUUCUAAAUUAGAGGGUCUACGUGUUGUGGCCAACAAAGUUUUGACUGAAAGUGUGUGUGUGUGUGUGUGUCUCCUGUCCUCCUUGUAACCUUCCGUCAGCAAUGAAGUGAAAACAACUGUCGCUGUUUUGUUGUACAUUUUAAUGUGUCACAGUUGUGUUUGAUGCAGCUGCAAAGUUCCUGAGAAAAACGUGUUGUCCUGUCUGACAGAUGAUGAGAUCAUGUCCACUUUGCUACUACUACUCAUGUUUAGAGCCUGACCGAUAGGGGAUUUUUGAGACCGAUACUGAUUUUAGAGGGGGAAAAUUCACCGAUUACCGAUAUGGUAGCCGUUUUUGAGCUGGAAUGAAAACAGAUCUUUUCUAUGUGGAUUGUGCACCAAUUUCGCACCAAUAUCAGAAUCAGAAUGAGCUUCAUUGCCAAGUAUGCUUACGCAUACAAGGAAUUUGUCUUGGUGACAGGAGCUUCCAGUACACAACAAUACAAAACAGCAACAAGACUUUUAAAAAAUAUUUAAAAAUUGAAUAAAAAAAACAAACAAAUAUAUAUAUCUCUACCUACCUUCCUACCUACCUAGAGUUGUGCUCAAAAGUUUGCAUACCCUGGCAGAAAUUGUGACAUUUUGGCAUUGAUUUUGAAAAUAUGACUGAUCUUUUAUUUAAGGAUAGUGAUCAUAUGAAGCCAUUUAUUAUCACAUAGUUGUUUGGCUCCUUUUUAAAUCAUAAUGAUAACAGAAAUCACCCAAAUGGCCCUGAUCAAAAGUUUACAUACCCUUGAAUGUUUGGCCUUGUUACAGACACACAAGGUGACACACACAGGUUUAAAUGGCAAUUAUAGGUUAAUUUCCCACACCUGUGGCCUUUUAAAUUGCAAUUAGUGUCUGUGUAUAAAUAGUCAAUGAGUUUGUUAGCUCUCACGUGGAUGCACUGAGCAGGCUAGAUACUGAGCCAUGGGGAGCAGAAAAGAACUGUCAAAAGACUUGCGUUACAAGGUAAUGGAACUUUAUAAAGAUGGAAAAGAAUAUAAAAAGAUAUCCAAAGCCUUGAAAAUGCCAGUCAGUACUGUUCAAUUACUUAUUAAGAAGUGGAAAAUUCGGAGAUCUCUUGAUACCAAGCCAAGGUCAGGUAGACAAAGAAAGAUUUCAGCCACAACUGCCAGAAGAAUUGUUCGGGAUACAAAGAAAUACCCAAAGGUAACCUAUGAAAUAGGUAAGAAAUACAGGCUGCUCUGGAAAAAGACACAAUACGACGAUACUUGAACAAAAAUGAGCUGCAUGGUCAAGUUGCCAGAAAGAAGCCUUUACUGCACCAAUGCCACAAAAAAUCCCAGUUAAAAUAUGCCUGACAACACCUUGACAUGCCUCACAGCUUCUGGCACACUGUAAUUUGGUGUGAUGAGACCAAAAUAGAGCUUUAUGGUCACAACCAUAAGCGCUAUGUUUGGAGAGGGGUCAGCAAGGCCUAUAGUGAAAAGAAUACCAUCCCCACUGUGAAGCAUGGUGGUGGCUCACUGAUGUUUUGGGGGUGUGUGAGCUCUAAAGGCACGGGGAAUCUUGUGAAAAUUGAUGGCAAGAUGAAUGCAGCAUGUUAUCAGAAAAUACUGGCAGACAAUUUGCAUUCUUCUGCACGAAAGCUGCGCAUGGGAUGCUCCUGGACAUUCCAGCACGACAAUGACCCUAAGCACAAGGCCAAGAUGACCCUCCAGUGGUUACAGCAGAAAUAGGUGAAGGUUCUGGAGUGGCCAUCACAGUCUCCUGACCUUAGUAUCAUCGAGCCACUCUGGGGAGAUCUCAAACUUGCGGUUCAUGCAAGACGACCAAAGACUUUGCACGACCUGCAGGCAUUUUGCCAAGACGAAUGGGCAGCUAUACCACCUGCAAGGAUUUGGGGCCUCAUAGACAACUACUACAAAAGACUGCACGCUGUCAUUGAUGCUAAAGGGGCAAUACACAGUAUUAAGAACUAAGGGUAUGCAGACUUUGCAUUUUUUUUCUUUGUUGCCAUGUUUUGUUUUAUGAUUGUGCCAUUCUGUUAUAACCUACAGUUGAAUAUGAAUCCCAUAAGAAAUAAAAGAAAUGUGUUUUGCCUGCUCACUAAUGUUUUCUUUAAAAAUGGUACAUAUAUUACCAAUUCUCCAAGGGUAUGCAAACUUUUGAGCACAACUGUAUACAUACAUAUAUACACACAUACAGACACACACAUACGUAGUGCAAAUCUAAAUACAAAUCGGUUAUGUACAGCGCAAGGGAAUGUAAUGGCAGAAGAGGUUGGAUGUGUUCGAUAAUAUAAAAAGUCUAAGCUGUAUAUUGCACAUUAAUUACUCUCAAUGGGGCAGUUUUAUCUGUUCAUGAGAAGGAUAGUGUUGGGCCUCAUGUAUUCAGAUAGAAGACAAAGGCAGGCCUAACACAGUCGUAAAACCUAACUCAGGCCCCCACAUAACAAGUCGUAAAUCUUACUGAUAAAAAUCGCGCCAAAAUCAAACAAAGGGAGUCCAAAACAGAUUACAAAUCCCAUGAAGCCUUGCUCACUAAAGGAUCGAACUCUCAGACAGAGAUAGAAUAAUAUAGUGUGUUAUUCUUGUGUUUCAAGGUUUUUGCUUGUACAGUUUAUGGACCGCCAUGUCCGCUCAUUAUUAAUACUCAGGGUAUUAAUUUUCACGAAUUUGAUUUGCUGUAUUGUGGUCCAACCACAGUGGGCUGUUGUGCAUUUCCGCCAUCACGGGUGUGACCGGCAAACUGAGUUUAUCCAUUAAAGAAUCAAAGAACGCGGGACUGUUUACGAGCAGUCCACCGCGUCUCUGAGUGAUAAACUAACAGCUCCUUUAUCUCCCACGAUCGCGAAAUCAGCUUUUGGGCCGUCACUUAAUCCUCUAUCUCUCUCUCUCUCUCGUACUAACCACACACACACGCGACCCCUCACAAACAUUCUGGCACACAUUUUUGGCUCGUAGAUAGCUUCGUGAUAAAGCUCAGCUUUGUCCCUAAGCUAUCGUACAAGCGGAUACACGCGGUAACUGGUAGACGGCAUUGACUGGUUUCUCUCCGCCCACAUUCGCGGCCAUAUUCCGUGGCCGGAAGUCUCGCGUGACAUACUCUCCACGAGAGUCACGUCCGCCAUUUUGUGCACGUCCCUCCUCACACACACACACACACACACACACACACACACACACACACACACACACACACACACACACACACACACACCUUAUGUGUUAUAGGAUUAUUUUAGUUUCCAUAUCUAAUCAUAUCACUGUUUAGUUUGUAGU